AUGGCCACCUCCCAACCCAAUCUCUACAGCUUCCCCAACACCGAGGCGCUCGCCAAGCAAUUGCGCUCCUACGUCCUGCGCUGCCAAAAUGCCGCCCUGGCCCGCCACGAUACCUUCCGCAUUGCCGUCUCCGGCGGCUCCCUGCCCGUUGUCCUCGCCAACGCCCUCCUGGCUGCCAGCAAUGGCACCCCGGAGGAUACCCCGCAGUUCAGCAAAUGGCACAUCUUCUUCGCCGAUGAGCGCGCCGUGCCCCUCGACGACAAGGACAGCAACUACCUUCUCCUGAAGAACGAGCUGCUCAGCAAGAUCCCCGCGGAGCUCGGUGCUCCGACCGUCCACGCCAUCGAUGAGCAGCAUGUCUACACCGGCGACACCCAGGCAUUGGCCGACCUGUACCAGGAGGAUCUGAUGCGCUCGUUCGCCGCGAGGGAAAGCGUCAAGUUGCCCGUCUUUGACCUGAUUCUCCUGGGCUGUGGUCCAGAUGGCCACACCUGCAGUCUGUUCCCCGGUCACGCGCUCCUGCGCGAGAAGGAUGCCUGGGUGGCUCCCGAGACCAACUCGCCGAAGCCCCCGCCCAAGCGUAUUACUCUUACUCUGCCCGUGGUCACCUCUGCUUUGCACAUCGCCUUUGUGGCUACUGGUGGGGGAAAGAAGGAAAUCUUGAAGGCGAUCUUCGAUAAUGACGAGGGCCGCAGCCUCCCUUCGGCUCUGGUGAACCACGGCGCCGGUGACAAGGUCAGCUGGUUCACUGAUCACCCUGCUGUGGAGGGUAUUGCCUUCCCUCGUCGUGGCAGCCUGUGA